AUGCGGGUCGUGCCGCACUUCUUCUUCCUCCUGAAGGACGCGGGCUUCGAGCAGGUCCUGUGCGGCGCCCCCGAGCCGCUCUACGGGGACGGCGCCGUGGGCUUCUGGAUCCAGGCCUUCGUGCUCUCCAAGGUGGCCGAGCUCCUCGACACCGUCUUCGUGGUGCUCCGGCAGAAGGACCCGAUCUUCUUGCAC